AUGACGGCGACGGGAGACCAAUUGGUUCCACGCGAAGAACGGGUCCUGCUCGCCGUCAGGGCCUAUCAGCAGGGCCAAUUCGAAAGUACCCGCAAGGCAGCGGCCGCAUACGACGUCCUCAAUCGACAGUAUCUGAUCGACUGCGCGAGACUGCCCUGGUACAAUGGAUCUUGUCGAUGGACGAGCGAGGAUGCCGCCGACAGUGGCUUACACUCGUCGGAUGGCCAACUUAUUGCUAUCCGAGCGAGGCAAAGAUCCUGUCGGGAGAACUGGGUGCGGAAGUUUGUUGGCCGCCACGGCGAAAUCAAGGCAAAGUACUCUCGCCGAUACGAUUAUCAACGCGCCAAAUGCGAAGACCCCAAAGAUCCAAGGAUGGUACGAUCGAGUCGCGGCGACGAAACAGAAAUGGGGAUUCUUGACGAGGAUGUCUAUAACUUUGAUGAGACGGGGUUUCAAAUGGGAGUCGCCGCAACGGCGAGAGUCCUUACCGGUCUGACCGGCGAGGUCGGGCAAUACUCACGCAGCCUGGAAAUCGCGAAUGGGUUACUGUGA